AUCUACCAUUUAGCGUCUAGCCACCUGUUGGGAUAGACGUGUCCAGCAGCCUCACGUGCCCCACACACACACACACACACACACACACAAACAAAAAAAAAAUGAAUUCAAAGAAGACUUCCGUGUUCUUUCCUGGCUGGACGAAAUUCUUUGUGGCCGUGUUCUUAAUUACCAACAGUUUAGUGACCGUCCAAUCGAAGACGAUAGUGCCGUUCAAGAAGAAUAUCGACCAGGUGUUGAAAGAGUGGAAUUGCAACAAACCUCAAUCACGAUUGGUUUAUUUAGAAGAUGAAUAUUCCGAUUAUAAUCCAGCGGCCAUUUACCUGCCUCACGCAGCUGUUGUCCAGCGUUGUGACAAAUCCAUCGGAUGCUGCAAGACGGGCCAUCGUUGCUCACCGGCCGAGGAGGAGGAGGUGACCUUCAUCGCCGAAGAGUUUCUACGUGGCAAAAAAAUGAAGAAGGAAGUCGUCCUGACCAAUCAUUUACGUUGCGAGUGUCAGAGCAUCUCCCAAGAACGCAAAUAACACGCAUUUUUUUAAAACCAACUGAAUUGCCAAAUUUAUCUUCAAUGAUAAUAACCUGUAUAAAAUGUAUCUAUGCAUAUAUAAGAUGCUAUUAUGUGCUGUGCAUCAUACCAAACACGAUUGGCCACUAUACAGCCACAUACACAAGAAAAUCUGUU